UCGCUGUUCAGUGCUCUCGCGAUUGCCGUACGUUUGCGUUCGUAGUGUGUCGCGCUCGCGCGCGAGUCCCGCCGACGAAAUCGUUCUCGCCAGAUAACCCCAACACGCAUAGUGUUUCGGGCGAUAUUAGUAUUUUUUUUAUAUACAAUUAUAAUAUUAAUAAUAUAAUCGUCGUUAUCGUUUUAUUGUUAUAGACCGCAAUAAUUAAUUAACAACAUCUCUCAUUACUGUUUGCCGCCAACCGAUCGCGUCGCGUAUUGUUUGCCACCGCGUUUCGCGACGCGUAUUCUCGAUUCUCGUGAAAGUUUGUCCCGUAGUCGCGGUCGUCGGCCGACGACGGCCCCCGAACUGAGUAGUGGCGCAUCGUGCACGGCCCGCUGUCGCGCGCCCGCCGCCGUCGCAAUGGAAAACAAAAAACCCAAAGAGAAGCGAAGAAAUUCCGAGAGACGAAAAGAAAAAUCAAGAGAUGCGGCUCGAUCUAGACGUAGUAAAGAAACCGAGAUAUUUACAGAUCUCGGAUCAGCAUUACCUUUACCAGCAUCCGUUAUUAGUCAGCUAGAUAAAGCAACUGUUAUGCGAUUGACUAUUGCAUCUUUCAAAAUUAUGGACGCUUUAUCAUCAACAAAUAUUGAUGUAAAAUCUGAUGAAAAAGAUUGCCCUCCAAAUAUGAAUGGGAUAUGCAACAAAGCAUUGGAUGGCAUUGUCUUAAUUACUACAGCUGAUGGAGAUAUAAUAUUCAUAUCGGAAAAUAUUUCCAACUAUUUGGGCUUAUCACAGAUUGAUUUGAUCGGGCAAUCAAUUUAUGAUUUUGCCCAUCUUUGUGACCAAGCCGAAUUGAAAGACAUUUUAACCAGCAAAGACAUUGGUGAACAAAAGUCGUUUUUUGUUCGAAUGAAAUGCACUCUGACCAAUAAAGGGCGCAAUGUAAAUUUGAAAUCAGCAUCAUAUAAGGUACUGCAUUUUACGGGACAUUCAGUUAUCAAUACGUGUUCUAAAAUAAAAUCACCAGUUUUAUCGGAUGGAGAAUCUGAUUCAGACUAUGAAUCAGAUAAAAAAACAGAUUCUGACAGUAAAUCCAAUAAUGGUGAUUUAAAGUUUGAAAAAACUGCUGAUUCACCAUCUCAUAUAUUUGUGUCGAUUGCUGAACCAAUACCACAUCCAGCAAAUAUUGAGAUACCAUUGUAUAAACAGAGCAAGAUAUUUUUCAGCAAGCAUUCAUUAGAUAUGAAAUAUAUAAUCGCCGAUGAUGUUAUAACAAACUAUGUGGGUUACGAACCAGAUUCAUUAGUUGCAAAGUCUGUGUUUGAUUAUUUCCAUGCUCAAGAUUGUAAUUCAGUUGAAAAAAGUUUUAAAAUAUUAUUCGAAAAAGGACAGGUAGAGACAAACAAGUACCGAUUUUUGUCAAAAGGAGGUGGUUAUGUUUGGAUAAUUACACAAGCUACAAUACUAAAUGAUCACAAAGGUCUAAAACCUGAGAGCAUUAUGUGUAUUAAUUACGUAAUCAGUGGCGUGGAACACGGCGACGAGAUCUAUUCACUUUGCCAGAUAUCGCCGGUCGUCAGCAAGCCAGCCGUCCAGGACGAACAGUCGUCACUUUCGCAGCCGCCGCACCAGCACCAGCAACAGCAACAGCCAAAACAACAGAAACAGCCGCAGCAACCGGCCGCCGCCAAGAGACCGUCGUCCACGGAAAAAGUGUUCAAGCCCAAGUGCCUGGUGGACUCGGCCACGUUCUUGUUACCCGCCGGCAAUGGGCCAGUGUACUUGGACGUGAACGGCGACGGAAAGCCCAGAACCGCACAGCAGCCGGCCACGUCCACGGCCAGCGUCAUCAAGAAGAAGCCCGAACCGUGUUCGGAAAGCCCGAAAGCCACCACGGCCAAAAUUUUCGCCCCACGUACCGAAGACAUGAACAAGGGGUUCCUGACGUUUUCGGACGACGACACGGGACUGACCAUGCUCAAAGACGAACCGGAAGACUUGACUCACUUGGCCCCAACGGCCGGUGACGUGUGCGUGCCUCUGGACACUUGUGGUCUCGGGCACCUGGGUCUGUUCAUGUCCGAUGUGCUCGACGACCUCAUACUCACCGACUGCUCGCUGGCGCCGUUCGAUUCUAUGCCGGCGCAGCCGUCAUUACAUGACGCGUAUUCGUCGGCCUCCCGGUCGUCACCGACGAUGCACCACCUACACCACCAUCACCUCCACCACGGCAGCGACGACCUGUCGCAGCACUCUGUCGCCGACCUGUGCGACCCGACCAUGUCCUCGCUGCUGGGCAUGGACCUGGACAACAGCCCCAACGACCUGGAUCUGGACCUGUCGCUCAAAAACCAGUUCAUACCCUUGUACGAGGACGACUUGUAUCCGCUGUUGUCGGACGACCUUCUGUGGGGAAGCGGCGAUAGGUCGCCGUCACCCAAACCACCGUCGUCCGCGACCAACCGUCACGACAGCAGCAACAACAACAACAACAACAACUGGCAUUUGCCGACGACGGAAGACGUCGUCGGGCAAGACGCAAUCGACAGAGACGUGCCGCCGUCUCCGAGUCUGGCCAAGUUAUUGCAGAAGACCGACACGGACGCGGUGCCUUGCAGACAGCAGCAUUUCGACAGCGGCGGUGGCCUGCUGCACAUGGACGGCGGCGACUCGUGGGGAUCGAUCAGCAAAAUGUUGCACCAGCGGUACAACUCGGGCGGUUCCUCCUCAGCCGAACCGGCGGCUGUGACAGAUCAACGCCACAGCCAUCACAACUCUCUACGACAACAACAACAACAACAACAACAACAACAACAGCAAAAACAACAACACUCUGACUGCAAUGUGUCGGCCGCGGGAGGUGCUACCCGGGCGGCCAACGGCGGUGGUGUCAAGCGGACCGGGCCGAACGCCACCGCGGCCACAGCGCCGUCGUCGUGGAAACGGUGCCGACAAGAGGAGACGGCCAAACAGGGCGCCUCCAACAGCGUGUUGAUGAACUUGCUGGUCAGCGGUUGCGACGAAGAUGCGGGAAAAUCGAUGGACAGCAAGAAAUCGAUGGUGAAAAACGGUUCGCAGCCAAGGCACCGGUCAAGGCUAAAGGCGGUCUCUUGUCUGUUGGACCCUUGUAGCACGGCCAUACCGUCGCUGAUGGACUUGACCGAGCACGACUAUGACGUAAACGCGCCGGCAGGUGGGGCGCUGCUCCAGGGAUCCGAACUCCUGAAGGCCCUGGAAAUCGGAGGAGGAGGGGGCGGUAACAUUGCCGUGGCAUAGUUUCUUGAAGAGCCGGAGCAGGAGCAGUUUUCCGAGCAGUAAUCAAUAUAUACUCCGCGUAUAUCACACAUACGUAUAUUAUUUACUACCCAUCAUAUUCGUACACAAACUCAAAAUGUCUUACUACCAUUCUGUUAUCCAAUUAUAUUAUCAUGAUAAUAUGUCACACUAUGUUACUUUAAUUUUUGUUAUUUUUUUUUUAAAUUUUUCAUCGUUCGCAAUAAUAAUAUAAAUAUUAGUUAUUAUUUAAACAUUUUGUACAACGGUUACGCGCACUUAUUUUGUGGAGGACAGAGCAGAGGAGGGCAAUCCGUCCGCAGUCUCAUCUCAGUGUACCUACUAAUAUAGUACGUCGUCGCGUCUCGGGGCCCAAACUAAAAAGAGCCUGAUCCCUCCGAGCAACACCUUCUCAACGAAUGAUUUACGUAAAUUUUUGUUGUUGUCCUUGAUUGUUGUCCUACUCGACAUAAGUUGCGUACAUAACUGUAGUAAUUGUUGUUAUAAUAACGCCCCCCCCCCCCUAAAAAAAAUGUUUACCCCCGAAAUGUACGUCGCCACCUUCUCUCUGCUCCGAGUCUUCAUGUAUACAUUAUACAAAAACUAUAUUAUGAUAUAUUAUUUUACACUAACCUCUUCCAAUAUAUAGUUUGCGUUUACCAUCGCUUGCUGUGUACCGCUUAUUUUUAAUUUUUUGAUUUUUUUUCGAUUUUCUGUACACCGAAAAAUAUAUUACGCACUGCCCACGUGUAGCGCUGGUUUCAGGAUAAAGUGCUCUACUCCGUUAAAACGAUUUUUGUUUGGUUAUCAUUAUAUUAUAUAUACUGCAUUUUCCCACAGAGUAUACCGAUAUCAUGACUUUUAUAAUAAUUAUUAUUUUUAUUUUUUUCUAUUAUUAUUACUAUCGUUGUCAAUGAGAAACGUCUUACAACUGAUCUUUAUUAAUAUUAAGUUUAAAAUUAACAUUAUUUUCUACGUCAAAAGCAAACUUCAUAAUCUCUUUUUCGGUUACCGAAAUUAACUUAAUAAUAUGUACCUACCUUUAUAUAUUGUGUAAUUUUAAUGUUUUAAUUUUGUAAUGGAGGGGACGAAUGAUGCAAGAGCGCAGUAAAACAAUUUAAGAGCUGUUAUAGGUACGUGAACGGUUAAGUAAUAAAAAAAAAAAUGAUAAGAUAAUUGAAAAUUAUUGUGAUGUGCUGUAAAUUGUAUUAUGCGACCGUUACGUGCCUAUAUGGUAUAAUAUACAACUGCUCUUAAAUUUUUUAAACUCGCGGCCAAAGGAUACAAUUUAUAGUGAACGGUGAUGGUUUUGUGUAUAACACGUCCGAAUGCUCAAAUAUUAUUUUG